CUCUUGUAGCCCAACAGUCAGCCACCAUUAUCACUAUAUAUAAGAAAACAUAUACCAAACAUGUAUACUGUAUUAUUAAUGAAGAUAUAGUCGUAUAUUAUAUAUUAAGUCGCUGACCUUCAUCACGAGUCAGAAACAUUUCACUGUCUGUGUAGAAAUUAUAAGUAAUUGCCUCCCUCAGUAUACGACCUGACAAUAAAGUUAUCCAAAAAAUUGUCAUUUAAACAAAACAUUAUUUACUCCUCACCAAGAUGACGAGUUUCCGCAGCUGCUUGGUGACCGUGGUGCUGCUGGUGAUGACGAUGGUGAACCUCUCCAACACUCUACCAAGCACCAACACCACCGGCGGCUACCAGCAAGGCUUUCUCUACCUGACGCCUCAAAAACGGCUGAAGAUGCCGCCAUCAAGCCUGUUGGUCCUCACACCCACUCUCAGCCUCCCAAUGGGCCGUGAUCUCCCCAUCGGCUACGGGUCAUCGGUCACCAUCUCUUACCCCUUCAGGAUUGCCUUUGAUGACCUGGGCAUGACCUCCGAGGACAACACCUGGGGCCUUCUGAGGACGAAACGCGAAGCCCCGAAGCGCGGUGACCUGGCUGGUGGUGACAGGGAGGUGCUGUACAAGGUGGUGGAGGACACCUUACAGUCAGUGGGUAUGGACGGCAAGGCGUGCCUCCUGCGUGCCAUCUGUGAGAUGUAUGACAUCGAACUCCAGAACUACGGCUUCUUUGGUGAAGUUUUCGAGUUAUUCCUCAGUCCCAGCAGGUCGCCCCAGGCAGCGAGGCGCCUCCAGGAGUACACUGAGGCGGAACAGCGAGGCCAGACUGAGGGGAGGUGCCUCCAGUACCACCAGGCGUGUCCCUAUUCCUUCUUCACUGACGCCCCUCCUGCCUCCCAACAGGAGCAAAGCGCUGUAACCAGCACAUAAAACCCUGCCCCUCCCUGGUCGUCAAAGAAUGCCACUGUUGUCUAAACUCUCUAUGGUGGUCAGUUCUGCAUCAUCCUUAACCUAACCAGUCCCUGAUUAUGUGUUAAUUCGUAGCCAGUGUUGUUCAUCACCCCAGGCCCGUACUAGCCAUAAUCGGGACCCUCAAAUUCCUGUACACACUAAACAUUGUUACUGGUAUCAUUGUCACACUGUUACCUUAGCCAGUUUUGUUAUUAUUUUUGUAGUGCCAUUUUUAUUGUGCCAUACAUUGUAUUUAUGUCAGUACAUAUUACUGUUGAUACUGAAUGUUAUCACCUGGAUGAUGAUCACUGAAUAAAUAUUGAUGUCUUUUUA